GAGAGCGGCUUGCUGGCCGAGGGCGCGGAGGCUGAGCUGAGCUGGGUGCACGCCAUCGUGACGGGCCUCAACUACCACUACGCGCGGAGCUGGUCGGCCGCCCCUGAGGCGCCACCGACUGCCGUGCAGCGUCAGGCGCUCAGCAACUUGCUGUGCGAAGUUCGAGUUUUCUGCGAUCAGUGCUCGGGGCCGAUGCCCAUCGUGGAUUGGGAGUCGGAGUUGACCGCGGCGGCCACCUCAUACGAUGGCGAGGAGAUCUUCCCAGCCGAGCCGCUCGACAGAACGAAGUUGCUGGAAGCGCUGCCGCCGAUCGAUGCCUGCGCAGCGGUCAGAGCCGUAGACGUCACCGAGGGCUGGAUCCAGGUGCGGGCUUCUACUUCAGAGUGGGAGCUGAUCGCGGGUGACCUCGUCACGCGUGGCAUCCUGAAGCCCAUUGAGUGCGACGAGAUCGCGGAGGUUAGAGGCCAGAAAGUCAUGGGCGGCAUGUUCGGCGUGAAGAAGGGCUCCCACGUGAAGGGCGAAGGUCCCCAGAGAUUGGUGAUGAACAUAAUCCCGUCUAACUUCAUUCAGCAUGCCAUUGAAGGGGGCGUGCCGCUGCUCCCCCACAGCGACAAGUGGAAGAGCAUCGUGCUGCGCUCAGGGGAGGUCCUGCUCUGGAGCGCAGAGGACCUGAAGUGUUGCUUCUACGUGUGCAGCCUGUGCGACGCCUGGCUGAAGUACAUGGCCAUCUCCAAGCCAGUGCGGCGCGCAGUUGUCGGUCUCCCUGGCGAGGGGCCGGCAUAUCUGGCGGCCGCGGCGGUGCCUAUGGGCUGGAUCUCGGAGACCGGAGUCAUUCAACACAUCCAUCGCCGUCUGCUUCGAUCGUGGCAUCCUCGGCUUCAACGGCUGGCGGCUUGCAAAGAGCUUCGCAAGGAUGCCCCCUUGCCUCCUGCGCGUCGUGGCCCCCUUGACGGCGGAGCUGCGGCCCCGGUUCGGGGUCAGGUUGGCGAAACCUACGACGACGGCAAACCCGAGAUCUACAUCGGCCGCGGCUCGUCGAAGCUGAACUUGAAGGCGUCCGCCCGGGGCAACCCGCACCGCAUGAGCGAGGGCUGGUCGCGUCAAGAGGUGGUCACCUUGUUCGAGCGAUACCUGCACGAGAACCCUCAGAUGCUGAGGGAUUUGGUAUCUCUGAGCGGCGGCCGCCUUUUUUGCCACUGCGAGGGUUCGCAGGCUUGCCGCGGUGACGUGCUGAUCAAGGCGUGGAAGGACAGAUUCGGCUCGAAGUCGGUGUGGCGCGCGUGGCAGGUCUACAUCGACAACCUUGACGUGCUCGAGAUCACCGACUGGUGGCGGGCGAACCAGCUCCAGGAGGAGGGCGCGAGCGAGCUGGCCCAGGUGGCGAGAGAGAGGUGCAGGAGCUUUGGAGCGCCUCGGAGCGAGAGCAAGGCC